AUGGACCCCAAGACAUCCACUUAGUGCGUCCUCGCUCUUCACACCAUCCGUACGCAUGGAGAUAUCAUUUCCCGCGCAAACGUAACAUUAAAAAUGAACAAAGCAGUCAAAAUAGUGUUUUAAAAAGGACAAUUUGUGCUUCUGAAAUAAACUUUUUAGGAAACAAUUGGAGCGCGGAUGUAUCUACUGCGGGACUCGGGCAGCUGAGGGCCGGCAAGGCCUGAUGGCGUGCAUAACAUUACACUCACUGCUUUUAAUAGCGGUGUUCUCACAUUUGGCCGUUACCUAUGCUGCACGGUUUGGUGAUCGGAUUGCACCUAGAAUACCCGCCCCGUACGCACCACGAAAUGCGAAAAUAGCUCACAGAUUUGCACAAACUGAUGAAGAAGACCGAGACUAUGAUGAUCAAAUCAUGGCUAUGGCUGAAGAUGACUCUAAACCAGAAACAGAAGCUCCACAUAGGCGUCCUGCGAGAACGGAAGCGCAUCGACUCGAAAUGAGUACAGAAUAUUUUGUUAUACCGGAACGUAUUUCUUCAACAUCGUCUUCAACAUCUCGUCCCAAAGCAAUUUCAACACCGCGACCAAUAAACAAUACAACACCAACAGUGAAAACUUUAGUGCCAAUAGCGGUCUUGAGACCGGAACCUUGGGCUGUUCCGAUAUUAGCGUUAGCCUGCGUUAUAAUGACCGUGAUAUGUGCUUUUGAAGCUUUCGUUAUUUGGGGAGCUAGUAAAAAAGCUCCUAGUCAUCGACAUUUGCUUCUUGGACAAACACUACUUUUCGGACUUUUUCUGUGUGCUGGCACUGCAGCAUUAUAUGUCGCAUCGCCUACUAAUUUUACAUGUGGUGCAGUACGCUUUGGAACUGGGGUAUCAUAUGUUAUUGUGUUUGUGACCUUGUUAGUGAAAUGUGUGUUUUUAUUGAGUUUAAAUGGGGGUGUUUAUCUGCCAGCGGCGUAUCAAGGAUUGCUUUUAUUUUUUGCAAUAAUGAUACAAGUAGCCAUUGGAGCGCAAUGGCUUGGAGGCUCGCCUCCACGUGUUGCUGCCGGUGGAACUAGAUGUGAUACCGCUCUAUCAGAUCUAUUACUAUCAUUGUGUUACGCCGCAUUUCUGGUCGCUGUAGUAUGUGGAGUUGCGCUUCGAUCACGCGGCAUACGCGACAACUAUCGAGAAGCAACUCAUAUAGCCGCGGCAGGUGGUGCAACGGCCGCAGUUUGGGUAUGCUGGGUGGCAGCAGCAUUGGGUGCCCCUGAACAACACAAAGAUGCUUGUGUAGCCGCCGGUUUGCUCGGUACCUGUAUUGUAGUAUUCGCACUCAUGUUUGCACCGAAAGGGCGUCGCCUUGCAGCGUUAGGACGUGAAGGUCGCUGGGAUGCGGAUCGUGAGGAAGGAUUGAGUUCCUUAGGCGCGGGCGGGUCAGGCUAUUCGCCUUCAUUCUUCCAUUUCAAGCCAGUGAAAUACGGGAUGGUAUCAGCAGUAGGCCAGCCUCAAACGGCGCCAUCGAUACUAGAUCGCAAGGAGCCCCCUGCUCAGCAAGCCGAUCCGUACAGUGGUAUGUUCCUGGGCUCACACUUCCACAGACGCACAUUGUGUCCUCCGCCGCACUACCCUAUGCACCCACUAACGCACUUUAACUACAAUUACCCGCCCUAUCACUACAUGUUACCACCAGGCGUGAUGAUGCGACCGGAGGAGGCCAACGUGUACACGAGCGUAGAGCCUACCUUCAGCAGCAAUCCCAACGUAUUCUUCCAACGCACGGAGCCGUUGCACGUCGGUAUGAUGUACUGAGCCCCAGACAAACCAGCGUUCCCGCGCGAACAGUGAGAUUUGACGGAUUAUUUAUGAGAGAACCAUAGACAAUAUAAAAAAUGGGUUUUUCCAAGAGAUAAGUGUCGCCGUAGGAGGUACUAGUAUACAAUCUAGGUAAUUGAAAUAAUGAAAUUGAGACUAUGAGGGUAAUGAUUGAGAGAAUAUUGUUAACUUAUAAUGUUGUAAAGAAUUAUAAAGUAUUUACGUGAAUCAAAUACAAAUCUUUAAAUAGCAAUUAACCUACCUAACUUUCACAUUAUAACUUAAUUAAAUUCUUGUUAAAUACCAAUUCGUUGAUCCACAAUGUUUACCGUACUACACUGCAGUUAAUUUUGCCAGCCUCUAAUUGGCUCUUUAUCCACGGAUAUAGCAAGUAAAGAAACGGUAGAAACGCUGUAAGUUUCCA